AUGUCUCUUCCUCGCUCCAACUAUGACCCUCGUCGUGUCUGCUUGAACCCAUUCCCCAACCUCAACAUCUCUUUCGGAAAACACCGGCGCACGAUAGGCGUCUAUCUUGCUGGAGGCCUCUUCGCACUGGCAAACUGGACAUUCCUAGACGCCGCCAUCCUUUCAGCGCACGCACACUCCCCAAGAAACGAGCCCGAACGACCCGUUCCAGUUCAUGUCUCCUUCGUCGACUGGAUCCCGGGCAUCUGUAGCCUGCUCGGCAUGAUCAUCAUCAACCUGAUUGACAAGGAUCGCGUGAGAGGGGAUGGGGACACCGCGUUUGGAGAUGCGAGGGCGGUCUGGAGAGCAAGGUCGAUUUUGUUCAUAGGCUUUGCGUUGAUGGCUGGAGGACUGGCAGGGAGUGUCACGGUCCUGGUGCUCAAGUACAUCCUGAAUGACUACCCCGAUCAAUUCCUCUACUAUGGGUACGCGAACGUUUCACAAAACGUGGCGCUCAUGCUUUCAGCCAUUGUACUUUGGAUAGCUCAGAGCGGAGGAUCGGAGUACGAGUAUAACCUGGCUAUUUAAUUAUCUCUACUUUUCUCUGUCUAUAUUCGCUCAACGUUACUCAUGUUCAGUGGUUGUCUUCGAAGGACUGGCUCGGAAGGUUGGACGUCCGUAUGUUCCCUGUGUGUGACGAAUGGAUAUCUAUUGUAUUUGCGUCUGGGCCUUCGACGGCUAUGACAGUCGUGUUGUCCAUGCUUCCCUGUACUGAUCAUGACAGCCGUGUACGAAUAUCCUCAGAAUCC